CUCAGAUGCUCGGAAAGUGAACCUCGAUUGCCACCCCCUUGUUUCUCAUACGAUACAUUCCUUUAGAUUCUCCUCUUGCGAUAUGGCGUCUGAUGCUGUAUCCACCGCUUCUGCGCCCUGGAUCACAAUAGGCAGCGUCGCCUCGCUCCUGUCUUCGCAUCGUCAUCACAUCACUCUUCGCACCACGACUACUCAGCCCACCCUCUACCACUCAAUACUUCUCUUCAGCUUUACGAACCCCGCUGCAGCUUCCAACAAUGGCGGGGCGGCAGCUGUCUCCCGGAAGCGCACCUGGUACGCCAUGGUCUCGCAGUGUCCCCAUCUAGGUGCACCGUUGGAGUCCGCACCAGUGCGGCGAGUCGAGUCUUCGAAUGACAAGCUUACGGCGAGUGAAAAGGACGAUGGCGGCGAUGGCGAUGAUCUUGGCUUUGGUGAAGAGGACGGCGAUGACAUAGAGGACGCCGUGAUCAUCUGUCCAUGGCAUGAGUACGACUUCGAUUUGAGGUCAGGAGAGAGCUCGACGGGGCUUCAGGCAUGUACCUACCAAGUACGUGUAGUGGGAGAGGGAGACGAGGCCAUGGUGGAGGUAGAGAGCAUGGUCAGAGAGGACGAUGCUAGACCGACGCAAUGGGAGGUGACCGAGGUGCGAGCGGUCAGUGAAGCCUUCCCGGAUCGAGCUCUUGCCUCGCGUCAGGUAGCAGCAGAGUCUCUGCACAUGCAUGCCAAUGCCCUUUCGAUAGCAGACGAGCAAUCCACUGGUCCUGCAGCGAAUGCUUCUUCAUCGGUCCUUCCUCCAGAGCCUCGACCGAGGACCUUGAUUGCAUGGGCCUGCCUCAUUCUGAACACCUCAAAUCCAGCGACGAAAGUCGCAUAUACGAGGAUGGCUGCGGACGCAUUUCGGUCUGGAGACUGCAAGACUGUAGGAGGCGGAAGAUGGCAGACGGAUACUUCAGCGGCCACGCCGGCAGCUGUGGACGGUACUGGCAGUCCCCCUUCCCGCACGUGGAUCUCAAAGCCCGAAGAGACACCACCUCACACCCCUCCCCGAGAGGCUCACAUCACCACCGUCAGGCCCGGGCAAGAAGCAAAGCGUGGGAAGUGGGGCACGCUCAAGUCGCGCAUUGCAAUGCUGCAUUCUUUAGCCAACAUCGAGCUCUGGGCGAUUGACCUCGGAUGGGAUAUCAUUGCGCGCUCCCCGCGUCUCUUUGCCGAGUUCUGCGAACAGCAAGGCUUGCCUUCUGUGGGACAAAGGGUCAAGCUACCUCUCGAAUUUUACAAUGAUUUCGUCAAACUUGCGGUGGAUGAGGCCAAGCACUUCUCCCUCCUCGUGGACCGGCUUGGGGCCAUGGGAGCCAACUUUGGCGAUCUGGAGGUGCAUCAGGGUCUCUGGGACACUGCGCUACAGACGGAACACGCCUUGACUGCUCGUUUGAGCAUUAUUCAUCUGGUCAAUGAGGCGAGGGGUCUGGACGUCAACCCAGUCACGAUCAUGAAAUUCCAAAAGGCGGGUGACGAGGACAGCACCAAGGUGUUAGAGAUCAUCCAUCGUGAUGAGGUGACGCAUGUGACCAUUGCUCACCGCCACCUUCUGCACCUCUGCUCCCUGCCAUCGCCCCCGCUCAACCCCAUAGAAGUAUUUCGUCAAGAGGUGCGCCAGAAUUUUGCGGGAAGACUCAAAGGGCCGUUCAACGCAACGGAUCGCGCAAAAGCAGGGAUGGGGAGAGAGUGGUACGAAGACCUGGUCGGGGAGCGCAACAGGCGCGAGGAGAGGGAGAAGGAGAAGGAGGGCCUAUCAAAGGGGUCUGCCGUGGCUCAAGGUGUACUGAGGGAAGAGAUUGCGGGCGGAUGAGGGGGCACAGCGCCUGUUUGAACGCGACACGAGCCAUGGAAGGCACUUCACAAUCUAUUGUAGCAUCAAGACGUCUCAUAAUGACCCGUUUUAUUGCUCCACGAAGGCUCGUCUACUCUUCAGUCACCACUGCGCCCUCUUCUGUGACGACGAGGAAUUCGCUCCUGCACUUGAUGUCCUCCUUUGCAAACUCCUCUACGAUCGUCUUUGCGAUGCUCUCUUGGUUUUCUGUAGCGAGAGCCAAGAUAGUGGGACCGGCUCCUGAGAGGCAGAUGCCGAGCAGGCCUGGAUGGGACUGGGGUGUGACCGAUGACA